AUGUUUAGACACUUUGUAGGAGCACUACUUUUGUGUAUUGGCAUUUUUGCCAUAUUUUCAUAUGCUCAAAAUUCAAUGCCAAUGACAGUAGCAAUUUUCGAUCAUCAUCCAUCAAAGGAUUCAAAUUUUGAACCAGCUGAUGGAUCCCUCACCCAGGGUCUUGUCAAAAAAACCCUUAAUCCAGUCACCAAAGUACCCGAGUUGGUUUCACUCGAUGUUAAUAAUGCCAUCAAUGUCAAAGGUAGAAUCUAUGAGCCAAACAAAUUCCAAUAUUUCUUUGCCUCUGAUUUCACCCCUGCUGCCUCCACCCGUUUCCUCAACACCACCAUCAACUUGUCCAAGACUGGUGACUAUUUUGAAUACUUUAACGAUUAUUUCUUCCCAAUUGACGGAACUUCUUCCAAGAGAUUGGGUUUUGAUGCCGAGUCUGGAUACAAGCUCUACUAUGAUGGCAAGACCUACCACAACUACCAUUUCUGUCUCAAGAUGAACACCUAUUUCAAGUAUGAGGUUACUGACCCAGUCAUGCAAUUCAACUUUAGAGGUGAUGAUGAUGUCUAUGUCUUUAUCAACAACCAACUUGCACUCGAUCUCGGAGGUCUCCACACCUACCAAGAUGGUUCAAUCACCUUUGACACCAAAACUGUCAAUAAUCUCGGUCUCAAGAACGGUACCAUCUAUCCAUUUGACUUUUUCUAUUGUGAGCGUCAUACCACCGGUUCUCACAUGCGUUUCCAAAUCAAUUUCCCACUUGAUUGUUCUCAAAAGGAUUUUUGUGGAGUUUGUAAUGGUAAUGGUGAAUGUUGUAAUCCAAAUCUCUGUACCAAGUAUGCCUCUGGACCAGAUGCUACCAAAUGCAAGGUUGGAAAAUGUCCACCAUGGAACACCCCAAUCUCUGAUAUUUCCCAACUCCCAUCCUACUGUAUCUACACUGAUGUCGACUAUUCCUCCAAGAACACCAAGUGUGCUACCUAUACCUGUGACAAGAACACUGGAAAUCCAGUUGCUACCCCCACAACUUGUCCAGCCCUUGCUUGUACCACCCAAACCUGUGACCCAGCCCAAGGAUGUCAAUACAAGUCCACCUGUCAACCAGAAAACAUUUGUCGUGUAGCUACCUGUGGGUCCAACAACUCUACCUGUAACCGUGCCGACAAGGACUGCUCCAACUUUGGAACUGACAAGUGCAAGACAUAUUUCUGUGACACCAACGUCGCUGGAGGAUGUACCUCAAAGGCCAAGUGUGGAUCGACCGUCAUUGAAAACGGAGUUGUCAACCCAUGCAAGUACUACACUUGUGACUCUGCUGUUGGUGACUGCGUUGUCAACACCAUCGCCAACUGUGAUGCUUGUACCGGUACCCCAGCCCCAUGUCAAGUCUAUGACAAGUGUGAUGCCAACACUGGCAAGUGGACCUUCAAGCCAAACCCAGCCAUCAUCGAUGGAAAUGCCUGCACUCAAGAUCUCUGUGACCCAGUCUCUGGUGCCAUCACCCAUCCAUUCAUCAGCUGCUCUGGAUGCACUAGUUGCAACCCAGCUGACAACGCCUAUGCUUGCAAGGCCGUCGACAAUGCCUGUCAAAGCAUCGAGUUCUCCAAUGCCUGCACCAACAACGUCUGUCUCACCAACGGCACCUGUUCAUACCCCGCCAAGCCUCUCCCAGAGAACCCAGACGCUUGCAGCUACUACACUUGUGAUGCUCAAGAAGGAUUCCAACUCAACAAUGUCACUUGUCCAGACGGAGAAGGUGCCUGUCAAGUUGGUGUAUGUGAUGCCAAGCUCGGGUGUCAAAUCGCCGCCAAGAACUGUACCUCUCCAGAUUUCUGUCUCGAAGGUUACUGUGACGACCGUCUCGGAUGUCUCAAGAUCGAAAGACAGUGUACUCCAGGUCGUCCAAACUGUCAAGUUGGUGUCUGCAACAAUGAAACUGCUGAAUGCGAGUACCACGAUCGUGACCCAUACCCAUUCGCCUGUAAGACUGCCGCCGUCGUCUCUGUCGGUGUCAUUGCUGGUGUUGUCGUAGCCGGUGCCGUCGCCCUUGGUGUUGCCGUCUUCGGUGGCAAGAAGGGUUACGAUUACUGGAAGGAACACAGAGAGAACAAGAUCUCUGCUGCUACCAGCAAUCCACUCUAUGAAACCAAACCAGGUACUGGAGAAAAUCCAUUAUAUAACCCAAAUGAUUAA